UACGCCCACUGAAAAGACCGGAAGUGUAGAAGAGACUGGAGCGCGGUGCCGCACGUGCACGCGCAUCGUCCAGGACCCCCUCGGUACGGUACCGGUCCGGUCCAGUAAAAGGAGGCUCGGCGGGGUCAUGGUGAUGGUUGUUGUCCCGGCUUGGAGGCACCUUGCUCGGCCUGCUGCUGCUCGGCUGUCCGGCUGAAGAAGGAAGCACCAGCGUGUAUGGGUGACAGAAAGAAGCACCAGUGUGACCCCAGGAUGCAGGGAAGAGAAAAAGAGAAUAUUUCCAUGGCAACGCAAGAGAAGACAAUUCAUGUGAAGCGACAAGAUGAGUACACAAAGUACACAAAGACCCAAGCGGAAUAUCAUCAAGAAAACAUUUGACAUGAGUGACGGCAUGCCGUGGUGUGAAGAGCGUCUGGUACGUAAAGUACUUUUCCUGUCGCUCAGAGAGUUCCGAGACGGGCGCCGUGCAGAACAUGCACGCCCUGCACGUGCACACCCUGCUCGUGCACGCCCCGCUCGUGCACGGCCUGCGCGCACGCGUCAGAAGGCGGGUCAGCGAGUGUCUGACAGGCUGCAGAGGAAGAGGAAGAUGCAAGAAGUACAACACAAGUACACCCCAUCAGGUCCAGGUACACGAGCGUCAGGUCCAGGUACACGGGCAUCAGGUCCAGGUACACGAGCGUCAGGUCCAGGUACACAACGCUACACAAAGCUGAGCAAGAAGUCCAGCAGGAAGUUACGCUCACACAAGCUGCACAAGCUGAAGUCCAAGUACACAACAAGUAAACAAGUAAAUACCAGGAGUACUGCAGCAGAAAACGUUCUUGUUCCAGCCAGGACACGCUCCACUAAAGCCAUGAUAGGUUCCGUGUUGAAUGGCGUCGGUCGACGUCGGCCAUUGUUGUCUGGCGGUCCCAGCUGGAGCUGGUCUUUGCAGACACGCCCCCAGUGCCAGCACCCGGACCCUGACCCCAGGCCAAAAGUGCAAGCACAGAGAAAGUUUGCCCAGUCCCCGCCCACUUCUCCAUGUCCACUACAGAGGACGUCAACACGACACAACUUCACGCUGGUCAGCAGUCUGAGAAGAUGUCCGCCCAAAACCGAAGACUUCUUGUCCUUCCUCUGUCUCAGAGGUUCUGCAGCAUUGCCAAGAAACUUCUUGAAGGGCCGAGAGGACGCAACAGUGAGACAUUUGAAAUUUUUUGCGCAGGAGCUUGGAGGCGGGGCUUCUGCAGUGACGUGUUUGAGUGCUCGCGCACUGAGGAGGAGAGAGAGAGAGAAGAAGGAUGAAGAGCGCAGCAGGAAGAAGAAGAUGGAGGAGGAAACAAGGAGACACUACCUGAGACCCAGACACCUGGCCAUACAACUCAGGACCAAGAAUAAGGUCACCAAGGGGGUCAGACUGACAGAACCAAGGGCCUCCUUUGUCAGAUCAGUUCCAGCCCUGAAGCCCAGGACAGGGUCUGGCGGCCAGCCGGCGUCUAGGCCCAGCAAUAAGCGUCAAAGUCGAGGCCGAUUACGGGACUCUGACAGCAGCCAACACUCCCAACCUAGCAACCAGCAGCUGCCUCACAAUCAACAUCUGAACCUUUCCAAGUUCAACAGAAAGAAUCUCAGAACUUUGCAGAACUCAGGAAAAAAAUCAGUUCAGAUGACGACUCACCUCGCUCCUCCCACUGGGACCAGCGGGGUUAUGAGAUUGUCCCGAAGAAGAAGAGGUCUUCCGCCUGACACCAGCCCGACUCCAAUCAAUCAUUUUCCUACAGACAAUCCCGUGAAAGAGAAGAGGAAGUACAGAACAGAUCAGUCCGCUGAGGACCUACAACUGGACAUGGACUGCACCCUCGUAAAGGAGGCUAGCUGCAACCAAGAUGCUAACGUGAACCGUGUCAAUGCACACACCCGUGGCAAUGGAGCGCUGACACCGGCCAAGAACGCUUCUUUUGCCCAGGAUGAUAGGGUCGAUGUUGGAAUCGGACAGUUGGACCCGGCAAACAUCAAGAAUAAGUCUGAACUGGGUGAGAUCAUCUACAGACACAUAAGGGAAAAAGAGCUACGGAAGAACCAGACAGCUUCACCUUCCACCUCCAGGACUUCUGUUUCCAGUACUGUUGCUGCAGGAGACACCGGUGUUCGUCGAGCUUCGACCAAAUUGGCGACAUCGGCCAAAGUCCGCAACCUUCCACCAGCCAGCACUUCUGUCAUGCACAACAGUCCUAACGCUACUGAAGAAGGCGCUAGCCAAGACAAGUCGAACUCACCAGCCAGCAGCUGCUCUGUGGACACUUCCAAGGGCAGAGUUAAACACUCCAGGCAGAAUAGAAGCUAUAGUCGCACUUCCAAGGGCAGAGCUACAGACUCCAGGCAGAAUAAAAGCCUUGGUCGCACUUCCGAGCGUGGAGCUAAAGACUCCAGGCAGAAUAGAAGCUAUAGUCGCACUUCCAAGGGCGGAGCUACAGACGCCAGAAAGAAUAGAAGUUACACCCGCACUUCCAAGGGCUCUACAAAACCUCUUCAGCAGACCAAGUCUACUACCUCAACCAUGACAACCAGGAGCAGCCCGAGAGUUCUUCUUAAGCGCUAAAAAUCACCUGAGCCAUGUCUCAACUUGUUUACACGUUGACUGUUUGCUGUAUUAAGAUGUCACAACUUGAGGAACACCUGAGAAACUAUUGAGUUCCAUUUCUAGAUCAGGACCAGGAAUUCCUUUUUUACAAAGAUAUUUUAAUACGUCAACAACAUCAACAAACUAGGAAAGCAGUGGGAAGGUGCAGACUGGCGCCAGGUAAAAAAAAAAAAAGUCCAGAAUCCUGACGAUCUGGAUUAUCCCCAACAUUUAGUUUUCUUGUCAUUUCUAAAGGCAACUUUCUGGCUUUAAGAAACGGGAAAAUAAACUUUGGCAGUCAGUAACAGAUUCAGUUUUAGAUCAAGCAGAGUGGAAAAUAUGGACUCACUCUGAAAAACAAUGAUGGUUUGUUAGAGACCAGGAAAAAACCCUAAAGCAAAGUAGAUAUGCAUCCAGAUUUGCAAAGAGGGGGCGCUGCUCUGUGAGGCGUGGAGGGUGUGGCUUGUAGGGUACGUUUCUCUGUUCCACGACCUUGGUGCCGUCGCAAACACGGCCAGUCAGUCCAACUAAUGUCGACAAAGAAGUGUGUGUCCGUGAGAGACAGGCUAGGGACUUGUUGCACUGUUCUCUGGGGGGAGUCUCCAAGAACCACCUUGCCAGGUUUGAGUGCCCACAGCUAUGCCUGCAUCCUUCAAUCAUUUGUGGCAGUAUCUUCUAAUUUGUCGAUACACUCGCUCCAGUCAGCAGAUGUCCUGGUAGCACGAGUACGAGGUGGAUAUCUUCACUCAAAGGGUCUUCUGGCACUGCUUGUCCCAAUAAGUCCAUCGUUCCGUAAGCACAGGUAGAGAUUCCCCAGGACCCAAGAUUUUGUCAAUUCUGUUGAGAAGCAAGUUGAUCAGUUCCAUUGUUUUGACUUGUGGGAAGAGGUUCAGAGUGGAGGCCUGCCCGGCCACCACCUCUGCCUCUCUGUUUGCAGGUCCCACACCUGCCUCUGGUUUGGCCUAAUCAGCCGGAGUGGAUCUCAGCCGGGCGCCCCAGGACCUCAGACCCUGCUCAGCUCGUGUUUUGCACAGUUGUGUGCUUAGGCCAUGGUUGUGCUCACUUUUGUCAUGAAAUAUUUUUAUGUGCACAUUUGACUUCAGUUUGGACUCACUUUUGUUGUCGCCAAGCUGUGACACAAAGCAGUCCAGGAGAAGGUGAAGACUAGACCAGAAGCCAGCAGGAGGGGACGUGGGCCAGAGAGAAAAGAGUGUUUUUUGUUUUCUUGGAAGUUUUCUAAUGUUGUCCUUGGUUUGCCUUUUACCGGCGUCUGUCUGUACUUGCUCCACAAUCCACCUUCUUGAGCUUACCCCUCUGUUGUGUUGGAGCCAUGAUUCAUGUCUACCCACCUGCUGCAACAGCGCUCCACCUUCCAUCUGAUGCAGGUGUUACCUUUGGAAAAUUAUUCUAAAAACAAUUGGGAAAUUUACGGGAGGGUUCCAUCUAAAAGUGAAACUGCUACGACCACUGUUGAUUUCCUUGAUUUCUUUCCUUAGAACCAGAAAGUUGUCCUUAGCAACCGUUCAAGUCUUGUGUCAUGUCUGUUAUCCCAGCAACCCAAUGAACCUCGAGUCAUCCUUUUUGCCAGACACACCAACACCAAGACAUAGUCAGGAUCAGGCCCCAAGUCUCAUCCUUCCAUUGAAACUAUUCCGGGGAACAACUUUGGACCUACUUUGUUUACCGACGGAAAGGAUGGUGGCGCAAUUCGAGACCACAGGACACUGGACUAUCUGUGGCACCAUGGUAACUGGUCCUUGCUGACACACCAAUUGUAGCACCUGGAACCAUUCCAUCAGUCAAAAAUCUAAUCCGACCAAGUCAGCGUUUACAACACCACAAGUCAAAAGUAUUUCUUAGAAUCUCUUGUCCAGGAGUAAAUGUGGCAACUUCUUCACUUGC